UGAACAGAAAUACUACAAGAUCAAUUUGGAGGUUUUUAGCUUUCGCUUCUUUAGACUUGACCCAUCGCCAAAGCGUUAGGGUUUGCAGAUUUCAGACGUAGUUCAACUGCUUUAAUUGAAUUUGUUCCUCUUGCUUAGCCUACGCAAUGAUUAAGCUUUGCGACCGCAGAAAAAUUCUAUUCCGCAAAUGGGUCUCGUUUGCCAAAAUGUACAGCACAAGUGAACCAGUUGACGAGGUUGCAGAUGCAACAGAAACAGUGUGCAAGGUUAUGAUGUCUUGUCCUACGCUCGCACUUGACACUGCUCUUAAUCAAACUGGGGUUAGAGUUUCCCCUGAUUUAGUAGAAAACGUUCUCAGGAGGUUUGAAAAUGCUGGCAUGUCAGCAUUUCGGUUCUUUGAAUGGGCUGAGAAGCAGAGAAGUUACUCACACCCCAUCAAAGCAUACCAUUUGAUGAUUGAAUCUUUGGCCAAGAUUAGGCAGUACCAGAUCAUGUGGGACCUUGUCAAUGCAAUGAGGCAAAAGGGUAUGCUAAAUGUUGAAACUUUUUGCAUUAUGAUGCGAAAGUAUGCUAGGGCUAACAAGGUUGAUGAGGCUAUUUACACGUUUAAUGUUAUGGAUAAAUAUGAUGUGUCUCCUAAUCUUGCUGCGUUUAAUGGCCUGCUUAGUGCUUUGUGCAAGUCCAAGAAUGUGAGGAAGGCUCAAGAGAUUUUUGAUGCUAUGAAGGGUCGGUUUGUGCUGGAUUCGAAAACUUAUAGUAUUUUGCUUGAGGGGUGGGGGAAGGCUCCUAAUCUUCCCCGGGCAAGAGAGGUUUUUAGGGAGAUGGUUCGCGCGGGAUGUGAUCCUGAUGUUGUUACUUAUGGUAUAAUGGUUGACAUUCUUUGCAAAGUAGGAAGGGUUGAUGAAGCUGUUGAGGUUGUGAAGGAAAUGGAUGCGAGAAAUUGCAGGCCAACGUCUUUCAUUUAUAGUGUCCUGGUUCAUACUUAUGGAGUGGAACACCGGAUUGAAGAUGCUAUUGAUACAUUCCUGGAGAUGGAAAGGAAGGGAAUUAAGGCGGAUGUUGUGGUGUAUAAUGCAUUGAUUGGUGCCUUUUGUAAAGUGAACAAAUUUAAAAACGUGCAUCGGGUAUUAAAAGAGAUGGAAUGCAAUGGUAUUGCUCCUAAUUCAAGGACCUGCAAUGUUAUCAUAAGUAGUAUGAUUAGCCAGGGACAGACUGAUAGAGCUUUCCGAGUCUUCCGCCGGAUGAUCAAGUUGUGUGAACCGGAUGCUGACACUUAUACAAUGAUGAUCAAAAUGUUUUGUGAGAGAAAAGAACUGGAGAUGGCUCUGAAAAUAUGGAGAUAUAUGAAGUCAAAACAGUUUGUCCCAAGCAUGCACACCUUUUCAGCUCUUAUCAAUGGGUUGUGUGAAAAUGGCAACGUUGCAAAAGCUUGUGUUUUGUUAGAAGAGAUGAUGGAGAAGGGAAUGCGACCAUCACGUGUGACUUUUGGGAGGUUAAGACAGUUGCUUAUAAAGGAUGGGAGAGAGGAUGUGCUCAAAUUUCUUCAUGAAAAAAUGAAUCUUCUUGUCAAGGAGCCUUUAUAUGAUUAAAAAGCGUGGAAUGCAAAUGGCAACUACAAACAUCUAACAUGAUAUGUGAAUCUUUGAAUACUGAUUUUGCUGUCAAAACAGUUGCAGUUUUGUAGCUUCGGUUUUAUAUAUUUGGGACCUGUCUAUUGUGCAACAUGAAAAUCGGCAUUUAACUGGUAAACUUUCCCUUUCAUUUUCACAUUGACUUCUGUUAUUGCAUUUUUAUGUUACCUUUUUUUUGCUUUAAAACUUGCCAAUUCUUUUGUUAUAAUCCUCUGAAGUGCCAUAUGCAUAUCCUGCUUCCACCUCCUUCCUAAAUAUCUUGUUGAUCAAACAUUAUAUUGCAGGUUACCCAUUUAGAUUUUAGAAUAUGCCAUGAUGAUGCAUAGAAUGCAUAUAGCUAUGGUACAUGUCAUAGGGAAAAGUUCCUCUAAAGUGAGAGUAUCUCUAACAGCAAGGGUGUAUUCACCCUUGAAUUCUAGUAAGUUAAGAUAUGCUUCAUGGUUAAACAAGUUCUAUUGCAAGUGAGUGGGGGAAACAAAAAAUUGUUUUCGAUUUUGUUCUUGGUGCAGUGGAAAAAAAAAAGAUUAUUUUGAGUGCAGAAAAAUCUACCGCACUGGCUCUGUGUCUAGCGACUAGGAACUGCUUAUCAACCUCUGACAAACAUCAGUGAUAUCACCUAUUCUACUUCCCCUUGGAAGGGAACUUCAAAGGGCUAUUGCUGUAUGACUUGCUGUAGUACUACUAAUUUUGUUUGUGCAUUUGCUACUGGUUUUUUAAAACCUUAGUCCUUACACUUUUUGAAGAUAAAUCUUGAGGCUAAGUCAUGUCUUGUGGCUGCACGGGAUUGGUGCUGCUGAUAUUACUGCGGGAUUUCCUUGUGCAGACAAUGUAUAAAAUGAUGAAUAUUAUGUUGUUAUGCCAUAGAUAGGGACAUAGGAGAGGUUGGUAAACAAGAGGUCUAUAAGGUUAACAGUCAUUUAUCCACAAUAUCUUACUUUGAGAAUUCGGGUAUGUAAACGGUCGUUAGGAUUACUAUUUUGUGAUAGUGUGGAAUUUAAACUCGUUUGGCAACCUAUUGUGGUUAUUUGUGAUUCUGAGUUGUUUCAAUGGAUUUUGGACC